UUCGUUCCAUGUUGCCAACUGAUUGCCUGCGUAGCAAGUGUUCGCGUAUGAGCGAACUCGCCUUUUAGCCCUGCGAAAAUUAUAGGGGCGGGGGCGUUGGGGCGAACAAGCGGAAAUCUUGUCGUUCAUACGGGAAUUCUUGCUCCGCAGGGUGAGCGACUAACAGUUUGCUUUAAUGUAGUAUUUGAAACAAGUGGCUACCUGGUUCCGCACGCAUUAUGGUUAUUUGCUAUUUCAGGCUGAAAAUAUUUAAGAUCAAUUACUUAUUUAUAUCGAUAUCUGUAAAAUGCCAUAAAAAUAUAUUGUAUGCGCUGUUGUUGCUAGGAAGACCAAACCACGACACCUUCAAAGAGGCCGAAGUUCGAUUACAGUGGGCACUAAUUAAAUGUCCAAAAACGGUUAAUGAUUACUAGUGCAUGGAAGAAGUAGCACCAUGGUCAACCCCAUGUUUUUGCAAAUAAAAGCUUAGUUUCAUUGACUCGUCUACAUUAAUAUUUUAUUCAUUUAGAUAUAACGCGCUUGGAAAGCUACUAUACACUGUGCAUGGAAUAUUUUUGGGUUGCUGCAUUUACUGCCUUGACGUUUGUAGCUUGGGCGUCAUCAAGGCAAGUGACACUAGUGAACGAACCACAAACAGUCAGUGGAUGGCAUUGGGAAAAGAAGAAGACACCGGGAAAUGGCAUUAGAGGGUGGACGAGGAACACUAAUCCUACACGAUAUGUAGCAUGUGAUGUCGGCUUAUCACUGUCAAAUCCCCAUCCAGACAAUUGGUUGAUAAGCGACCAAAUCUCAAUUAGGGACGCUAACAGGAUCGACGUCACUGUCGACUACUUCAUCAGAAGUUGUUCUACCUUGGGUAGCGAUGCAGGAUCUUUUUGCAAUGAUGCUUUUGACAUGUACAUUAACCACUCAAACCAGCUUAUUGGAGAUAAAUCUCAAUACCCUGACCCUCUCAGUAACAGGAUGGCGUAUGAAAAAACGGCAGUAAUUAGACAGGCUACCAAUAAGAGAUUUUCCGAAACAAUAGGUGUCCUUGUUAAAGAAAAGUAUGUUAUAUUAGCCUUUCAUAAUUAUGGAGCUUGCAGUACUAUGUUCUCGGUCAAGGUUACUUAUAACGUUUGUCCAGACGAAACACUCAGCAACUCCUUGAUGAUGCUACCGAGAACUGUAGCUCCAGCAAAUCAUUCGAAACCCAUUCGAGUGGAAGGAAGUUGUGACAAAAAUACGGUUCGUGUACCGGGCAGUUUGUUCGUCUAUUGUCAAAGCAAUGGUAGUUGGAACAGGAGUGGACUUCAAGGAAGAUGCGUCUGUAAGGAAGACAUGCAGAAUGUGGAAGGAAAAUGUCAAGCAUGUCCAGUUGGAAUGUACAAUGACGAAAAUGGACUUAAUUGCUCAGUUUUACCAUCAGCGCCAAGGAACGCCAACGCUACAUUCGUCAACCAAAGUACAGUUGAGAUAAGAUGGCGCUCUCCAUUAGUCACGGGAGAUUCUAGUCACGUGUUUUAUGAGGUCGAAUGUCGUAAGUCAUGUAACAUUGAGGACGAAAAGAACUGUGUUGAGAAACCUUGUAGUAGUGAUGUCAAGUACGAGCCAUGCAGAGAGGGACUGAACGUGACCCAAGUGACUGUAACAAACCUCAUUGCAUUUAUCAACUACACUUUUAAAGUCUACGCCAAAAACAGAGUGAGUGAGGUAGCUAAAAGAAAACAUGGAGUUGGAGGAAAUUUCUCGCCUAUCACGUUGAGGACUUUGGGAACAGUCCCUGGUAAACCUGAAGUCGCUGUCGAGCAACCGAAGGACACAGUUGUUGUAUCAUGGAAACUGGAACAAAAGAACGGAAUCAUCAAAGUUUAUCACGUGACAUACAUUAGAACAGAUGAUUCUUCAGAAACCGAGACUCUUAUUACAAAGAAAAUGGAACACCAGUUUGGCGAUCUAAAGGCAGGAAAAACUUAUGAAUUUCAGUUUCCACUCAGUUCCACAACAUAUCGACCAAAUUUUAUGACUCAGUUUCCAUGCUUGUACUCGUUGCCAUACGUUCAUGACAAAACACUUCCUCUUAAAAUAAUGAUAUUUUUUACGGAUUAUCACGUGGAAACGAGUUUAAAUCCAUGGAUUUCGUUUUAUAAAGGGAGUGCGUUACAGUCCAUGGAUUCAGUGGAUCAACGGAGAUAUAUCGAUCCUGGAAACUAUCUCGAUCUUCUGGAACUUCUGUCCACGUUUACUUCGGAACUCGAAAGAAGCAAGACUAAACUGGAGGGACUUAUUGGACAAGGGGAGUUUGCCGACGUCUACAAGGGAACAUUAAAAACUAAAGAUGGCAAAAAUGUCGUUGCUGUCAAAGUCUUGAGACCUGGUUCAAGCGAGAAAAACCAAAAAGAUUUCCUGUCCGAGGCGUCCAUCAUGGGUCAGUUUCACCAUCCCAACGUAAUCAGGCUCAUAGGGGUUGUUACUCAAAGUAGGCCGAUGAUGAUCAUCACAGAAUUCCUGGAAAGUGGAUCACUGGAUCACUUUUUGAAAGCACGUGAUGGUCAGUUGACGAACCUGCAGUUGUUAGGAAUGGCUAGGGGUGUGGCUUCUGGAAUGGCCUAUCUGUCAGGGAUGAACUUUAUUCAUCGGGAUCUUGCUGCUCGUAAUGUUCUCGUUGGUGAAAACAUGUCGUGCAAAGUGUCUGACUUUGGUCUUUCAAGGGAGCUGGCCGAUGACAAUCCGGACUCAGAGUACCAGACACAGGGUGGUAAAAUCCCCGUUCGUUGGACCGCGCCGGAAGCGUUGCAACACAGGAAGUUUAGUUGGGCAAGUGACGUGUGGAGUUUUGGUAUUCUGGUUUGGGAAAUCAUGUCAUUUAGUGACCGACCUUACUGGGACUGGAACAACUAUGACGUGAUUAACAGGGUGGAGACUGGUUACCGGCUGCCACCUCCAAAGGGAUGUCCAAAAGUCGUUCAUACUUUGAUGCUGGACUGUUGGGGUGAAGACAAAAACAAAAGGCCCAAGUUCUCUGAAAUCGUAUAUCGCCUGGACGGACUAAUUCGCUCUCCAGAAUGCCUGAAAGACAAGUCUUUGUCUCUUCACUCCACGUCUUUGGAGGGAGAUAUCCCAGAGUUCCAUUCGGUGGAUGAAUGGCUGAAAUACAUCAACAUGGCAAAGUAUUCGGAAACAUUCAAGGCUGCAAACAUCAAUACCCUCAACCAGGUUGCUAAAAUGGAAGAGAACGAUUUGAAAGCAAUGGGAAUCAAAUUAAUCGGCCAUCGAAAUAAAAUGAGUAAAAGUAUAAAAGCCAUGAAAUCACAAUUUCACAACAGGGGUCUUGAUGACGAUGAAGCCGCGAUAUUAUUUUCGCAGGUGAUUAACAGGGUGGAGACUGGUUACCGGCUGCCACCUCCAAAGGGAUGUCCAAAAGUCGUUCAUACUUUGAUGCUGGACUGUUGGGGUGAAGACAAAAACAAAAGGCCCAAGUUCUCUGAAAUCGUAUAUCGCCUGGACGGACUAAUUCGCUCUCCAGAAUGCCUGAAAGACAAGUCUUUGUCUCUUCACUCCACGUCUUUGGAGGGAGAUAUCCCAGAGUUCCAUUCGGUGGAUGAAUGGCUGAAAUACAUCAACAUGGCAAAGUAUUCGGAAACAUUCAAGGCUGCAAACAUCAAUACCCUCAACCAGGUUGCUAAAAUGGAAGAGAACGAUUUGAAAGCAAUGGGAAUCAAAUUAAUCGGCCAUCGAAAUAAAAUGAGUAAAAGUAUAAAAGCCAUGAAAUCACAAUUUCACAACAGGGGUCUUGAUGACGAUGAAGCCGCGAUAUGAUUUAUUCAUUCAUCAGGGGAGAAUUUUCUUUAUGAUGACUUCACAAAGUUAAUCAAGUUAGCCUAUACUGUUCUGAAUUUUCCUUUUAUAUCAUGAGAAUUGUUAUUGACUUUCUAUCAAGUAUUUUAUCCAGAACAAUUUCUCCGUUUGCAGUAAUUAUAUCAACCAGUACUCAGACCAUAUUUUUUUAAUAAAAAAGUAGCAAAAUAACAGUAAUCUCGUUAAAGAAACUCUGGAUUAAUGUUUAAUUUCCAAUGUUCUGAAGACCAUUCUUUAGACUGCUUACAGCCUGUCUCUUAUUGUCUAACGACUUUUUCUCCUCGUACGCAAAAAGGGCUUUAAUUUAUAAACGAUCGACGAGAAAUUUUCCCAAUCUCUUCUCAUCUUAAGUGAGCUUAACAGCGGCUAAAUGUCGUCCUUAAGUACGUUAAAAUCAAGGUGCGCGCAGCCCGCUCUCGGCGACUUUUUCAGUCAGUUUAAGUGAGUUUAACAGUGGCUAUAUUUCGGCCAAACUGAGCGUUCAAUUAUUUUUUCCCUGUCGAUUUCACUGAAAACCAAGAUCCU